AACGUUAAUGCUGGCUUGUCAACCUAUCCAAAUUCAGAAAUAUAUAGGAGAAAUCAUGGUAAUUUAGCUAACGUUAACCAAGCCAAUGUUGUAAUAGAAUACCUCUACGUAAAGCCUUAGGGUUAAUUUACCUUCCUGCCAUUGUAUUGCAUGCAUUAGCAUUGUACUUGCAUUGCUGUAUUUAAAGAAGACGACAAAAUAUACAGCUAACGUUAAUAUUUCAGGCCAUCAUAUGUAAUUCAACAAAUUAAGUCAACCGCUAGAAGGUGUCGCCACUGUUAGCUUGUGAAGCUAACGAUACCUAUCUAGCUGGCUAGCUAGUGAGCGUUGCUAAGAUACUGCCACAUAAUCAAGCGAAGCUAGCUAGCGAUGAAGCGCAAGCUAGAAGUAUGGCAAGGUUUCAGAGUAGCUUCAGCAUGCAAGUUAAACCUCUAGUUAUCACUCUAUAAGCAUCGGAGACUAAAUGUCGAGAUCUCACGAGUUGUCUUUGUCGUCAUGUGCAAUUUUGCAGUUUCUGAUCAAAGUUAAGAGCGGAGUCUUCAUCUAGGAGAAGCAACAAGUAGACUACAGCAUGGCCCGGAAAAACAUGCCUAAAGAUACGUCGGGUGUCGUUUUUGACACUCAUUCCAAAAUGGUGAUGUCCCAGGGAGGAACAUUUGACCGGAUGAAGGAGAAGAUCAACGCUGUGCGUGCGGUGGUCCCCAACAAGAGCAACAACGAGAUUGCCCUGGUGCUGCAGCACUUUGAGAACUGCGUGGACCGCGCCGUGCACGCUUUUGUGGAAGGAAGCGCUGUGGAGAUCCUGAAGGAAUGGAAUGUCACUGGGAAAAAAAAGCCCAAAAAAAAGAAGAAGCCCAAACCCCAGGCCAAGGAGGCGGAGCCUGAGCCUGACCCUACCCCAUCUGAAUCCACCCUCCUUCCCGAGGUGCCCGGCGCGCACAACGGUUUCCAUGCCAACGGCUCACUGGCCGCUGAGGGCGAGUCUCUGGACUCCCUAAGCGAGCAGCUGGACUCGGUGUCGCUGGAUGCCGAGCUGGAUUCCGAGCCUGCCACGCCAGACCUGCCCGACCUCACAGCACCUGAAGCAGAGCGACAUUCCGUAAGCCCUGGGCUCCAUCAACAGGGUUCCCGUAGCAACAAGUCGCGUCCCAGGCCUGGUUCCAGCUCUAGCUCCUCCCACCCAAAUGACCACACGGGUGCAUCUGGUGCCAAAAAAAUUGCUUCCAAUAUCGACCGCUCAGUGAAAGACCUGCAGAGGUGCACGGCGUCUCUGACGCGCUACCGCGUGCUGGUGAAGGACGAGAUGGACUCCUCCAUCAAGCGCAUGAAGCAGACGUUUGCCGAGCUCCAGAGCUGUCUAAUGGACAGAGAGGUGGCACUGUUGGGCGAGAUGGAUAAAGUGAAAGCUGAAGCCAUGGCUAUUCUGGAUGGCAGGCAGAAGCGAGCCGAAGAGCUCCGACGUCUGACCGAUAAGUCCGCCUCUAUGUCUGAAGACCAGCUGAGUGAACUCCGUGCGGACAUUAAGCACUUUGUUAGCGAACGCAAGUACGACGAGGAUCUGGGGAAAGCUGUGAAGUUCACCUACGAGCUGGAGCCCCUAAAGGCCAACAUCACGUCUUUUGGAGAUGUGUACCACCCUCAGACUGGCUAUUCCAGCCGCUCUCGCUGUAGCUCCUCCUCCUCCUCCCUCAUUGGCCCGGCCGCGUCGGCUCCCUCAGCGGCCUCUGCACCGGCGUCCGCCUCUGCUCCCGCCCCCCAGACCCAGGCCCCGCCCUCUGGCGGUCGCCCCAACCAGCCACACAGACAGGUUUACCAGGGUAAUAGGCGCGGAGGUCAACGGUUUAAUGGCUCCUACCACGACAGGAAUCCUGGGCGUGGUGGCUAUCGUUACCAAGGAGAUCGGUACCAGGGUGAACGCUACCAUGGCGACCGGCAUCACGGCGACGGCACUAACUCCGCCCACAGCCGGGGCGCGGCCCACUCUUCCUCUUACAGUCGUCACGACGGUCCGGCUCAUCCGACUCACAACGGCCUUCCCCAGAGGCCCCCCCGAACCCACUGCCCCUGACACACGCACACCGUGCACGGUCACAGCACAUAGCCUCCCGCCUCGCCCUCCCUCCACCCCAAGCCUGGCCAUCUUGCACACUCACCCUCACUCACACACUCACACACACAAACACACACACACACACACACCAGUGGCACACAGCGUUUAAACUAGCUCCAGUCCUCCGAGCAGCUGAGCAGUACAGCCGGCGCCCAUUAGAGAAGGACCAGGCCACUGGAAUCAUGUGUCAUGAUCGGCCAGUCGGGUCUCCGCAGUACCCCUCCCACCCCCGCCCCCACCCCCGCCCCCACCCCUCUCCCCCCCUCCACCACUCGUUGCCCUAUUUUCCCCACGCCUACAUUCCCUCGUCCAUGAAGAAUCAAACUCAAGUUUACAUGUUCUCUGCUGGGCUCCAGUGCCACCCGUACAACGCCCCCCCCCCCCCCCCCCCCCACUCGGGCCGCUCAUGAAGGAAUGUGGAUCUCCUCUCUUUGUCCUUCGCUACGAAUCUCCAUCCCUCCUAGUCUGCCCCCCCCCCCCCCAUCCCCCUUCACCCCGGGCGCUUUCCAAAUGCCUCCAUUUUUGGAGUUUUUUUCUUUUAAACUUUUACAAUGUUUUUGGUGUCGUUCACACCUACACCUUCAUUCCAGAGACUAUUAGCAAACCAUCUAGUCGAAAAAUUUGUAUUUGUGUUAGUGCACUAUGUAAGGGCAUCAACAAUAUUUAAGCUUUAAUUUGAGAAUUUGUUUGUUUGUUUUUUUUGUUUUUUUUUUAAGAAAAUCUGUUUCAUUGUGUUCUCUAUUCCUCUUGACUGAUGGUUUUUAGUUUGUUUUUUUAAGUUGGUGAUGUGGUUUUCUGAUCUGGGCUGUGUAGAGCUGAAGCCUGAGUUCUGCCGUUGUGGCUGGGAUAGGCUGACAGGCUGAGCUGCCAAACCCUCACUCUUCCUGGCUCAGAUGCUGUCUCACAGCCAAGAUCCCUCCUCCUUCUCUUCCUUCUCCUCCUCCUCUGCCACGUGGAUCCACAAGGGCCGCUCAUCUUUGUGUGUGUGUGUGUGUGUGUGUGUGUGUGUGUGUGUGUAUGUGUUUGUUUUCUCUCUCCGUCCAGCUGUCUGUGCAGAUGUGCGUGACUGCAGAAGCAAAAUAUUCUGACUUCCUACCGUGUGUGUGUAUGUGUUUGUCUGUGUGUCUGCAUGAAUGUAGAGAGGUAGAGAUCAGAUUGUGGGUUCUCAGACAUGUUCCCUUUCCCACUGGUCUUCAUUGUGGAGGUAUAGCUACACCCACACUGUGAGUUGUCCGUAUGCAUGUAGAACCGGAAGGAUGUCUGGAUGUGUGUAGCAUAUGUCACAGAGCAUGGAGUGAACACUCUGUGCGUCUGUAUGUGAUCUGUUCCGAGCAAGCCUCACACACACAGGUCGACAUUCUUCCUUGAUGUAGCCCCCCCCCCCCCCCCCCCUUUGGGAAUAAGUUCUCAGUCUCCACCUCUCCUUCUUCACGUUUUUUUCCUUUGUGUGUGCAUGUUCAUUUGCCGAAGAAAAUGGGUUCCUCCACAUCAACGUACAUCUUUAGUGUCUGAACAAACUCUAGGCCAUAUACCUCAUUGUAGCUACCUUGCUGCGGCAGUUGCCCCCAAGCGCUGCCCAACCUGGGGAGAGUGAAGUUCCAUUGGGGGCAUUUGAGCCUCCAUCACCUCCAGCCAUGAGACCACCCCCAAAGGCGAGAGAGUCAGUGCUGUCUCCGCUAUCGUCUGGAUCUCUGCGAAGAGAAGAGAGCAGGUCACGUCAAACACUAACAUGCCGUUUACGCCUGUGCUGAAUUGUCACUACAUGCCAACAUGGCUUCUUCUGAAACAAUCCUGAACCCCUAAGCUGUAAUUUUCAGUUCAAAUGGUUCCAACUCCUUUUAAGGAUGACCAUAGUUUUUUCUUUCCCUUUAGAUUCCACCCCCCAACCCAGAGUUUCCUAAAAGCAGUGAGAACCAUGUACUCAUUCUCAACCCCCCCCCCCCCCCCCCCCCUUUCACUGGUGGAGGAUAGGCGUGGGCUAGUGUUACGGUCAGCGUUUAGGUUUUAGGAUGGCGGAUUUUGACCCGAUGAAGAAUUUGGCCCGCACGUUUUCUUAAAAGCAAUGAGCGCUUUCAGUGAAGUGGCUUAAACUGGAACUGCUUCCCACCGGGCUCUGUGUCCAGCUGUUUUGCACAGGGCUCGUUUAGCAGUCAGUCAUAACUUGGAUUCACUCAUGCCUCAACCCACAUUUGCACUGCCGAUGUAGCCUUACACCCCGCACCAUCCUCCCCAGACGUGCAGCAGAGAGAGCAGCCUUCUCUCACGAGCUUGGAGACCGAUUUAUAGCUCGCCUGUUCUUUUUGUAGUUUCUUUUUCCCUUUCUCAAAUUCUUCAGUGUUUUUUUUGUCUGUUUUGUCCUGUUUUUCGGACGUUGAUUCUCUCUUUUCUGUAAAGGUGUUCACCAAAGAGACUGUUAUGUUCUUUUUCAUUGUACUGCCUUUUUGAAGCUUUUAGUUCUAGUCUUUUUAAACAGUUGUCCUCUGACGGGGGAAAAAAACAGAAUGAACAACAGGUUAAUUAAUGAUCCUUUCUGCUCACUGCUCUCAUCUCGUCUCCUCCUGAAGUGUGUACAUAUGUAACUGUACGUUUGUUUGGCUGCCCUCUAGUGGCUUGUUUAUGUAUGAAGCUGUGUCAUCAGGCCCAUUGAACUCUGGACCUUUUACAGAAGUAGUUUAGAUCAACUCUUUCCUCUGUGGUUCAGAGCAUCUUUUUUUUUUUCCUGAGACAACUGUAAACUCAAGUGCCUUCUUGUCCCCCCUACUUUUCACCCACCUUGUCCCAUUUCCACCAAGUAUGGACCAAAGACAUAAGCCCAUCCCCAACGCCGCUACCUGACCACACCCUUCCUUACCUGGUGCCUCCUUCACCCUCAUUGGCUCCAGAUAAUCAGCACUUGGAUCCCCCCCUGUCCAUGCCACCUCUGACUGGCACACUUCUCAUUUACUAUAAAAUAAAACUUGUUAGCAAAUGCA